GUUUCAUGUUUAGUCCUUUAUUUAAAAACUAAGGGCUGCAGAGAAGAAGAAUGACUCCUGAUUCCUUCCUUCCUCCUUCCUUCAUCUCGUCCUCUCACUCCAACGCUCAGGUGCCACUAACAAUGCACCAAGACAACUGCUGCUCGCUGGGACAAGCCCCUGCAACCUCUCACGCGAACGCGCAGUCGGCAGCGCGCACACUCGGAGCAGGUGGUGCCUCUCCUCCUCCUCCUCCUCCUCAUAAGAGGCAGGAGGUCCGGAUGCUCGGCACAUCGCGGUGGUGCACGGAGAGCGGAUCCGUCAGCCUGCUGCAGCCGAAGGACUGAGCCGCUGUGCGAGCUGUAAACAACAACAACAACAACAACAACGAGAGAGAACAACAACAACAAACAAUCGAAGAAACGAACAAGCAGACGGCUGAGGAGGACUUCUUCCCAUCCGCGCUGAUCCCGGGGUUCCCUCCAGCCGGCGGCGCCUGACGGACGAUGGCUCCCUCCUGCAGUCUCCUCGUGGCGCUGUUGCUCGCCACCGCGGCGCUGUCACACGGCGCCAAGCCCGGGGCCCCCCGCAGCAAGAGGAGGCAGGCGGCGACCUCGCCGGGGGGCGGCAACGGCGGCGGCAACGGCCUGCAGCACCCUCUGCGGGGCCUCCAGGGCCACCGCCACAGCGGGGGCCGCCAAGCGCCCCGUAGGGCCCCGCACCCCCUCGCCAGGCCCGGGGACGACGGCGCGGGCCUGGAGAGUUUGAGGCCGGUGAGGCUGGAGACGGGCCCGGCCAGGGACAGAGACGGAGUCCGGACGAGCACAAAGAGCCUGUCCCAGACCCGGGAGAACCAGCUGUUGGGGACACGCAAAGGGCGGAGACACGGGAACGGACACGGGCACCACUUUGGAGACAGGCGGCAGGGGGGUCGGCGCGACAAGGAGCGCCACGGAAAAGGGAUCUUUGCAGAGCCGGAGCUCAGCUCUGCGUUUAAGGACGGAGAUUUGUUCGAGGAUCCUUUCUCCUCCUCCUCCUCCUCCUCCUCUGCCGCCUCCCCCUCCCUCGGCAUGACCCCGCCCGGUGACGCCCCCUCCCCCAUCGGCGGCGCCUUCGGCUCCGGCUCCUCCAUGGUUACCACGGUGAUGAACGAGCAUCCCCCAACGCUGCCCCCGGCCUCCACCAAACCCCAGAGGUCCGGGAGAGGGAAAGGACACGGAGACGUGAUGCCGACGCUGGACAUGGCUCUGUUUGACUGGACGGACUACGAGGACAUGAAGCCUGUGGACGCUUGGCCGUCCUCCAGGAAGAAAGACAAGAGGCGGAGCAAGAACCUCAGCAGCGGCAACGCGACCGCGGACGCCAUCGAGCCGUGUGACCACCACCUGGACUGUCUCCCAGGUUCCUGCUGCGACCUGAGACAACACGAGUGUAAACCGCACAACAGAGGCCUGAACAACAAGUGCUACGACGACUGCAUGUGUGAAGAAGGGUUUCGCUGUUACGCCAAAUUCCACCGCAAGCGGCGCGUGACCCGGAGGAAGGGUCGCUGCGUGGUGCCCGAGUCGGUGAGCAGUGACCAAGGAGGCUUCAUCACCAUCUGAGGAGGAGAUGGAGGAGGAGGAGGAGGAGGAGGAGGAGGGGGAGGGGGAGGAGGAGCAGGUGGAGGAUCCUUGGAGGAGUUCAAGCCGGAGAAAAGUCUCCACCGAGUCUCCACAGAUUGCGCAGCCAUGACAUCAACGUCUCUAGCCGACGACACGGCGCCGGGUGCUCGAAGGCGACGCCAUGCCGCUCUGUAAAAAAAAAAAAAAAAAAAAAAAAACCCAAACCGCUGUUUGACCGUUGCAUUGUGGGAAGCCAGCAUGGCGCGGCCUUUGAGCGCUCGUCUCGUCUCAGCUCAGCCGCCGUGUUCUCAGAACUCGCUCCGUCCGGCAGCACGGCACCUGAGUGACAGCUCGUAGUUUAACGUGUUGAUGUCACCACGGUUACGCCGUCCGUUGGUCUGAUUUUGAGCGAAAACUGUUUUUGUCCGUUUUUUGUUGUUGUUUACAAAUCUUCUUUUCUUUGUGACGAGUUUGUGUGUUUGGAGUCCACAAGGAGUUCUGUUCAUUGGUUCAUUGGUUCAGGAUCGAUUAAAGCCGCCAUGCGUGAUAAAAGGGCUUUGGAGUAAUUAUUGUGGGGGGGUGGUGGUGGGGGGGGGGGGGGGGCUCUGCUACAUUUUGUUUCUCUGUAAACUUGCUUUCUGACGCUGGGAAUGAUUUGUAAAUGAUUUUGCGAGCCGUCUCUUGUCUCUUUGUCGCGUUGUAAAUAAGAAUGUGUUGGAAAUAGCCAAUUGAUCCGACAUCACUUCUCUUCAGAUGUGGAACGAUAAGCAAAGACGCCGCUUUCACCUUCAUUCGCACGUCUCGAUGUAUCGUUCAUUUAAACUGCACUUAAACACGGCUGUUUGGAUAUUGUGUUUGUCUUUGUUGUUGGUUUUCAUGAUUAAACACUUUUUAUGGUGUCAACCAGCGGCCCUCAUCCA